CAGUGUGUAAUAUCGGCACACAGCCUGGGACCUUCAGUCAAGGCUAAACUGAUAAAAGCACUCAGCAGUGAGCAGUGAAACCGCAAACCUCGAGGAAUAAAGUGCGUUUAUGCGUGAAGUUAUUAGCAAAUGAAAGCGGCACGCUGACAGCGGUGGAACCUUUAACAGGAGCAUCAACACGGAAGACUUUAAGUGAUGCACACUUAAAAAAAGAAAGUAAGGGCGCUUCAUUUAUGGCUUUAAACGUUUCGUUUUUCUUUUAAAUUGUCACUUUGGCGUUUUGUUUUCGUAAAUUGUCACCUUUUUAAUCGACUGAUUUUGUGCUGUGUCUGAGAUACUUUAACAGCGCGAUGUUGCAUUUGUGAGAUAAGCCGUGCUGUGCUACUUGUUCAUGUAGUUUUCAAUGCACACUUCAAAAUAUUAUUUUUUUUAUUCUUCAUUUGCGCUCAAACCCGGGCACUUUUAUGUCACUCCAAAUGGACCCAGCGCAACAGAAUCGGCGCAAGCUGAAGCAGACGGUGCAAGUGCAUAAUGCAAAUCUUUAAUACAGAUGCAUUUUAGUUUUAUUUCGUGAAGUUAUACGUGAGUGCAAGCCCACGGAUGUGACCAAAGAGCACGCGCUCCAUAAGCGGCUUUUGACUUCACAACAGAGUCAUUGUUGGACUUGGGCCGUUGUUUUUGUGCUGCAUUUCGUCUGAAGAUGAAGACGAUGACGAUGAUAAACCUCGUGAGAGGGUCUGUCGUGAAGAUCCACGCUCUGUCACGCGCAUCGCGACGUCUUCCAGCUGAAGGCGCCUCAGGCGCACGUGGGUUGUCCUCCGCAUCUGGUCCAAGAGUGUGUAUCGUGGGAGGAGGUCCUGCAGGCUUUUACACGGCACAGCAACUCCUGAAGGCUCGGCAGGAUGCAGCGGUAGACAUUUACGAGCGUCUUCCUGUGCCGUUCGGACUGGUGCGCUUUGGAGUCGCUCCUGAUCAUCCUGAGGUCAAGAAUGUCAUCAACACGUUCACUCAGACGGCCCAGCAUGAACGAUGCAGCUUCCUCGGUAACGUGGACGUGGGGAAAGACGUGACGAUUGACGAGCUGCGUCGAGCUUACCACGCCGUGGUGCUGAGUUACGGAGCCGAAGGAAACCAGUUAAUGGGAGUUCCUGGUGAAGAUCUUCAUGGCGUUUUCUCAGCUAAAGACUUUGUCGGGUGGUACAACGGACUGCCGAGUAAUAAGGAGCUGAAUCCAGACCUCCGCUGUGAGACCGCUGUGAUUCUUGGACAGGGAAAUGUGGCACUGGAUGUCGCCCGGAUACUUCUGGCACCGGUAGAAAUGCUGAAGGAAACCGAUAUUACCCAGAAUGCACUAGAAGCAUUGGCAGGCAGUAAAGUGCGAAGGGUCUUGAUCGUAGGCCGGCGAGGACCUCUUCAAAUCGCAUGCACCAUCAAGGAACUUAGAGAAAUGAUCAAUCUCCCGAACACCAGGGCUGACAUGCUGCCCGCUGACUUUGAGGGCAUCGCAGAAGCUUUGAAAGACCUCCCCAGGCCUAGAAAAAGGCUGACCGAGCUAAUGAUGAAAGCCGUGAAGGAAGGAGGGGAUGAUCGAGCUCAGAAACGCUGGGGCUUUCGCUUCUUUCGUGGUCCUGUGGAGGUUCUCGCGGGGGCUGAUGGGAAAAGAGCCACUGGAAUCCGAUUGGCUCUUAAUAAGCUUGAGGGUUCGGGCGAGAGCGCUCGAGCGGAGGCCACCGGUCAGUUGGAGGAUCUGGACUGUGGCCUGAUCAUUAGCAGUAUCGGCUAUAAAAGCGUUCCCAUUGACCCCGCGGUGCCCUUUGAUCCCCGGAGAGCCGUUGUACCCAACGAGAUGGGAAAAGUGCAGGACGCAGCAGGCCUGUACUGCAGCGGCUGGGUCAAACGCGGACCUACCGGUGUGAUCGCAACCACCAUGAACGACAGUUUCGAUACGGCGCGCGUUUUAAUACGUGAUAUGGAGACGGGCGAGCUGGAUCUGUCAGUCAGCAAACCGGGUGCUCGGGCCGUCACUGCUCUUCUCCAAACACGAGGUGUGAGAACGGUGCUUUUUUCACAGUGGGAGAAAAUUAAUGCAGAGGAGGAGAAAAGAGGAAAAUCCCUGGGAAAACCUAGGGAAAAACUACUGGAUGUGGAUGAAAUGCUGAAAAUAGCCUGGUCCUGAGAAGCGCUUCUAAGAGGCACGCAGUGUAUGUGAAUAACAAACGCACUUUUAAUCCCCUGGGGCAGAAUGUUCUGCCUGUUCUAGUUAACACAAUGAAAACUACAAACGUUUUCUACACAUAUAACUCUAAUGUGCUGUAAAAGUCAUUUCCAGAGAAUAAAUCAAGCGUGAGGACACAGAUGUCAAUUGAGAUGUGUUGGAUUUUACUGUUUGUGCGUUUGUUUGCCAAGUACAGAUUGUAUCAGAAAGCUUUUUAAUGAAUUGUUUAGCCUUGAUGUCGGGACAUGAACUUUAAAAUAAUCGCUAGCAUUUCUCCUGAGUGCUCCGGAUGACAAAGAAGAUAGUUUACACAAGUCUCCACCUGUCGAUGCAAUGUUAUUCGUGUUGUUCUUGCCAAAAUGUCUUUGUGAAAUAGCUUGAAUCCACGCUGAAAAUGUUUCUACAUAUUAAAUGAUACACAAGA